AAGGGGAGGAGCCACCGGAGCCAAACCGGGGGACCCAAACAAAACGUGUCCCUCCCGAUCCAUCUCGACGUGAGACCCGCGGAGCUUUUUCUCAAUGGAAGAGAAGCCAGAACCGAACGCCUCGUCUCGCUGACUGACAGCCGCCACUCUCACUCGGCAUGGACGCCAACUUCGGCCUCGUCUUGUCCGCCGUCCUGCUCGCCGCCAUCCCGCCGUCUUCAUCCCACCCGGAGCCCUCGGACCUGCUCUACGACGCCGCGGUUCGGGCGUUCUAUCUGGGCGACUACGCCGACACCGUCCGCCUCAUGGAGGCGGCGCUCAGCAGCCACGCCGAAGUCCGGCGCUCCAAAGUCCGCUGCCGGUUGAGGUGUCAGGACCAGCAUCAGUUCCGGGACAGAUUCACCGAGCUGGGCUUCUUCGACGCGGUGCUGCGGAGAGCCGCGUGCAUGGACGCCUGCGUGGAGAAGGUCGUGGGCGUGCAGUCCAUGCAUAAGGUCGGCGAGGAGGUGGUGCAGGACUUCCACAGGAGGAUCCCCUACAACUAUCUCCAGAUGGCUUAUCUCAAGCUCAAGCAGCCGGACAAAGCAGCGGCCGCCGCUCACACCUACUUCCAGGCCAAUCCAGAACACGUGGAGAUGGGCCAGAACCUGGAACACUACAAAGAUCUACAGGGCGUGGAGGAGGAUCACUUUGUGGACCGAGAAGCUCGUCCUCACCAGCGCUCCUUUACGGCGGCAGUGACGUCAUACGAUCAAGGCGACUACGAGGGCGCCGUCCAUCUCUUCGAGACGGCUCUGGUGGAGUACUACAAAGCUGACGUGGAGUGCCGGGCCCUGUGUCAGGGGCCGCACAGGUUUGAGGGCCACAACCACCUCGCCUACCGUUACAGCCUCUACGAAGUCAUAUCAGAUCACUUCACUCAGGUGCUGCACUGCGAGCACGAGUGCGUCCGGGACCUGGCCACCCGGCCUGGACGCCUGUCCCCCAUGGAGAACUACCUUCCUGUCCACUAUGACUACCUCCAGUUCGCCUACUUCCACCUGGAAAGGCUGGAGGAGGCGCUGCAGUGUGCGCUGACUUACCUUCUGUUCCACGAGGGGGAAGAGUUCAUGACGGAAAAUGUGGACCACUACACAGAGGUGCUGGGAUACCACGGCAAACCCAGACAGGAGGCUGCACGCUACCUGAGGAGGCACAAGCAGGAGCUGGAGCUGCUGCUGAUUGGGAGUCAAACCAUGGGUGUGGACUUGACUGAAGGGAAUUACUGGAGCAGCUCGGGUGGAAGAGACGACACCAACAGGAUUCCGUCAGGCACGGACGGCUGGAUGGAAUAUGUUCCCAUCUCAGAGAAGAAGAACACCAGCGUGGCUGCAUCACAGCAUGUGAAAGAAGGCGGGCCCUUGCUGUACGAAAGCGUGCGUCUGGUCCACGACUCUGUGGCCUUGAACGGCAGCCAGCGGGUCCUGCUGGACGGCGUGAUCACCGAGGACGACUGCUCAGAGCUCCAACACCUGGCGCACGCGGUCACCCUGGCAGGAGACGGCUACAGGGGCAGGAUGUCGCCUCACACGCCCAAUGAGAAGUUCGAAGGAGCCACUGUGCUGAAGACCCUGCAGUACGGCUACGAGGGCAGAGUGCCCAUGAGGAGCGCCCGCCUCUUCUACGAUAUCAGCGAGCGAGCCAGACGCAUUAUCGAGUCGUACUUCCUGCUGAACUCCACCCUGCACUUCUCCUACACUCACCUGGUGUGUCGCACGGCUAUCACGGGUCAGCAGGACCACAGGAACGACCUGAGCCAUCCCAUCCACGCUGACAACUGUCUACUAGACCCCGAAGCCAACGAGUGCUGGAAGGAACCCCCAGCAUACACUUACAGGGACUACAGCGCCCUGUUGUACCUGAACGGAGACUUUGAAGGUGGGGAGUUCAUCUUCACAGAGAUGGAUGCUAAAACGGUGACGGCAUCAGUCAAGCCCAAGUGUGGCAGGAUGGUGGGUUUCUCCUCGGGCGGGGAGAACCCACACGGUGUGAAGGCCGUCACCAGUGGGCAGAGGUGUGCCGUGGCUCUCUGGUUCACCACGGACCCCCUCUUCAGAGAGCUGGAGCGACUGCAGGCGGACGAGGUGAUCCAGGCUCUGGACACGCAGUCGGUGUGGACUCACGGCCUCGACAUCAACCCUAAGGAUGAACUGUAGACAAGUUUGUUGAUGCUAUUUAUUAUGAUUCCAUAGUUCUAUUUUUGUACGAUCUCAAGUGCAGGUUUAAUGACGAAUGGGAUUUGUGUGUGUGUUUGUGUGUGUGUGUAUGUGUGUAUUUGUGCUGUUUUUGUAUGCGUCAGCAGUACUAGACAAGCAGUACAAGCUAGCGGUUUUCAUGAUGCCAGUGGUUAUUGUGGACGGUGCACUCUUUUCCACAUUCUUUCAGAUGUCAAGCAGCACUAUUGCAAAAGAAUUGUUCUAUUCAAGCUGAAUAUUGUAUGCACAGUAUUUAUAACAACCAUGCAAGCUGUCCUUCAAAAAUAGUGUGCGUAUCUACACGUGCAGAUGUGUGCGUAUGUGCAGUGUACUUUUUUUUUUUAUUUAUGUUGUAAUACGAACGAGACAGCUGCUGUCAUUGCAUUUAAUAUGAGAACUGAUUUUUUUUCAUAAAAGAUGUCAAUUGUUCCUGUUGCAAGGAAUAUGUAUGUGUUGAUAUACAGAUGAUAGACAGAGUCAUGCACUGUAAAUUCAAUGGGAAAUAUAUGUAGAGAGAUGUCUUGUUUUGCAGAAUUAUUCCUGUAAAGCGAGUUUUGACACUUUUGUUUUUUACUGAUAUUUAAUAAUGAAAUGCACAAAGGUGUGUACAUGUUUAAUAAAUUAUAGACCUUUAGUACCAACAUGCAUUGUUUUUAUUUA